AUGGUCUGGAGGUGGGGGGAUGAGCAUGAGGAAGUUUCAGGCAACACAGCCCCCUUCUUCAACAUGACCUUCGUCUACGUGCCUGAGGACCUGGAGCUGGGCCAGCAGGCUUUCCAGCUGACGGCUACUGACAUAGACGGGGACCCGCUCACCUACACCAUCAGUGGGCCAGAAGCCUUCUACUUCUCUGUCGAUGGCCACACUGGCAUCGUGACACUGAGGAACUCCCUGGACCGUGAGCUCCUGGCCAGGCUCACCAUCAUCGUCGGGGUGUCCGAUGGGACGAACGAAGCGAACACGGAACUCAACAGCAUCAUCUACAACGUGUUUGCCAAUGACAGCGACACUGGGAACGCCUCCAAAGUCAGCUACAGCAUCGAGGAGGUGAUCCCAGACAGCACGAGGAAUCUCUGGCUAUUCUACAUCCUGCCCAACGGGAGCGUGGUGCUCAAUGGCUCGCUGGACUAUGCCAAGAACACCUUCUAUCAGCUCAAGAUCAUCGCCAAGGAUGGCGGGGGGAUGCUGCACAACACGUUGACCUUCCAGCAGAGCUCGACCUACCUGUCCCUGACCAUCCGUGACCUGCCCAACCUGGACCCACGGUUCCUCAACGAGCCUUACUCCAGCUCCGUGCCUGAGAACUGUGCCCUGGGCACCACCGUGCUGACUGUCACCGCCAUGGACAGAGACACAGGGGUGAAUGACGAAAUCUCCUACAGCAUCAGCAAUGCCAGCGUCCCCUUUGCUAUCAAUGCCACGACGGGCACCAUCACCGUGAGCGGGCCCCUGGACCGUGAGCAGCUGCCGAGCGAGGAAGUGUGGCUGGAAGUCACAGCGUGUGAGAAGAACCUGGACAUCCAUGGCAAGGUGGCACAGGCCAGCACACUGGUGACAGUCAUGGUGACCGAUGUCAAUGACAACAAGCCCCAGUUCUACCACUGCUCCCUUCCCAGCUGCAACUUCUCCACCAGUGCCCAGAACACCUUCAGGGGCACCAUCAUCGAGCACUCCUCCUCCAGACUGCCCGUGUACAACCUCAGCAUCGUUGCCCACGACCCGGACAAGGGCAUCAACAGCAACUAUGAGCUGUACCUGCAGGGUGCGAAUGCCAGUGCCUUCACCGUCUCUCCCUCAAAAAUCGUGGGCACGGGGGAGGUCCAGCUCCUGGUGCAAGACCCAUCUGCUGUGGACUAUGAGAUAAGCCAUGUCAUGGUGGUGCAGAUCAUUGCUAAUGACAUGGGGAACCCCACCGACUGCUGCUCCACAGCCACCGUGACCAUCGAUCUCAUUGACAGCAAUGACCACAUCCCCGAGUUCCCCCAGAGCACCUACAACCUGAGCGUGAUGGAGAACAGCCCCGCUGGCACCCUCAUCUCCCCAGACAUCACGGCCUAUGAUCCGGACAGCGGUGUUCUGGGCCAGAUCACAUACCAGCUGCUCCCGGAGAGCAUCCGUAAAAUCUUCACGGUGAAUGCCACAACCGGGGCAGUGCUGGUGCAGAACGGGAGCUUGCUGGAUCGGGAAACUCGCUCCAUCUACUACGCCAACCUCCAGGCCAAGGAUGGGGGCAACCUGGUGGGCACUACCGUGCUGGAGAUCACCGUGCUGGAUGACAACGACAUGGCGCCCAUCAUCACCGGCUCCUACUUCAUCUCGGUGGAAGAGGGGCAGAAUGUCAGAACACAGAUCCAGGUAUGCACCCCCAGAGCCACGGGCGAGAUGCACAGCAAAGAGCCGCUGGACCGCGAGGCCUUGGAAGACGAGCGGGGGCAGAUGGUGGUGACAGUGGAAGUGUACGACCACGGCGUGCCACAGCUCAGCACCACGGUGAACGUCACCAUCACCGUGGGGGAUGUGAACGACAACGCACCCAUGUUCCUCAACCACUCCUAUAAGUUCUCAGUCUUGGAAGACUCUCCAGGGCUCUUCGUAGGUGACGUGGAGGCCACAGAUGCUGACCGGACAGAGAUCAAUUCCCGCAUUUCCUUCCUGCUUCAGCGGACCAGUGGCUCCAGCAACUUCUUGAUCCGCUCAUUCCACCUGGGGCCAGGGUACUAUGAGGGUCAGCUGUCCAUGGACCCUGACAUGUCCCUGGACUAUGACACCCUGCAGGAGAAGUUCUUCUCCUUGGUGGUGCUGGCAGAGAACACAGCUGCGGACAACGUGGGGGACACUGCCAAUGUCUCGGUGGUGGUCCAUAUCCUAGACGUCAACGAUGAACCCCCCACCAUCCCGCUAGACUCACUGCAGGAUGUGGAUGUGAGGGAGAACAUUACACAGCACAGUCUGGUCCACACGCUGGUCGCCUCCGACCCUGACACCAACCACUCACUGGUCUUUGAGGAGCUGGCAGUUGCCUGCUUCAAGGGGGCGAGCAGCGCCAGGGAGGUGUGCUGGGACUGGUUCUUGCUGACACCCAACGGCUCGGUGCUGGUGAACAGCUCGGACAUCGACUACGAGCUGUGCGACACGGUGGUGCUCACACUGCGGGUGGAAGACCUGUACACUGAGAAGGGCAACCGCUACAGCCAGAACGAAACCCUGAGGAUCCUCAUCAGCGAUGUGAACGACAACACACCAGUCUUCCAGCCCAUCCUGGACACCUUUGUGGUUGUCCCCGAAAUCUCUCCUGUGGACCUGCAAGUGGCUACUGUGAGGGCCAAGGACGCUGACUCAGGGCCGAGGGGGGCCAUCACCUUCUCCGUCGUCAGCGUGGUGCUCGUGGAGGACAACGGGGCCAGCCGGCCCUUUGAGAAACUCUUCAAGGUGGUGACAACAGAGGAGCAGGACAGCUACCUCGGGAGCAUCCAUGGGAUCAUUGAUGUCCCCAGGGUGGCCAGCAACCUGGAUGGCUCGCUGAAGGGGCAGUACCAAGUGACGGUGGAGGCUCAGGACGGCGAGGCACCAGUGCAUUCGGCGCAGACCGUGCUGAAUAUCUUUGCUGUGGAUCAGAGCUACCGCGUUCGCCUCCAGGCACUGACCACCGUGACCAAGGCAGGGGUCUACGUGGUGGCCAUCCGGAGCAUAGAGGCCACCCGCGCCUCACA